AUGAAGUAUAGCCACUUCAAACAACGCGAAUACCAAAGACAGAACAAUUUCAGUAUCAGCAAUGCUCUUAAGAAUAUCCUUGCAGAGGAUGGGGAGCCAAUUCCCGACGAUGAAUUUGAAUAUACCCUCGUGCCCUAUAGGCUAUCACGACCGAUCACGAAACUGCCCUCUCUAGAUGCCUACUCAUAUUGCGAGAGCCAGUGCACAAUUGAAGACCGAUGGUGGGAGGCUAUAGAUUUCACGGAUUUCAGUUUGAGUGAAGAGGAGGCGGUCAUUGACGAGAAUGAUCCAGUGCUCAGUCUGGAGGGGACUGUGAUGUAUAUUGGUACGGAAAUGAGCACAUGUUUCUUCGAUGAACAAUCUCAAUUUGCCUCGAAACAAUUACGACGGAUUUUGCGCUCAAGGAGGAUAUUUAAUCUUGGGGAAAUACCAGAGAGCGAUGAUCAUUUCACAAUGGACGUCAUCUGCGACGACUUGACCGGUGAAGCAGCACUCACUCUGUUGAUACGUCGAUGUGCAUGGGGCUCUGCUGAAAUGUACAAAGAGAAUAUCCAGACAAUCUCAGAUAGGAUGAAUGUGUUGCUUGAGAGACUGUAUCGCAGUAAAAUGCUAAGAAAGGACGAAAGCACUUACGAUGAAGGUUUAUCUUUGGCUUUGAAUCUCGAGGAGAUAGAUGAGCUCAUUGAUCGCGAAAACGAGUUGCUCGACAAUGUAGAGCUUAUGAUCGCAAGUAUCUUCAUUGGGAACUUACGUAUCAUUCACAAGAAAGCCCAGAACUAUUGGAACUGUUGGAAAGUCAAAUACCUACACGAGACAAUUUAUGACUUGAUGAGUGGUGAAAUGACGGAUCCCGAAUCAAAGGCAAAGUUUGCUUUCACCAAGAGCGAAUUGACCUUGGAGAACUUUCUUUGGGCAAAGGUUUUGUAUAAGCCAACAUCCAGAGCAGAACUGCACUUCAAAAAUAACUUCCUCCACCCACAAGACAAAAUCGUACUGUGGCGUAAUCAUGAAAAGAUUCAAGAUACUUGGGAGCAAGCUGACGUACUUGUACGCCUCGGCCUGGACAUGGUUCCACCGAAGAGAGCCACAGUUGACAGAAUCAGGCGAAACCUCAAGUAUGCUCUUCUGAAGAGUCCAAGCAAGAGAAAAUUGGGCGCUGUUGUUUCUUCCAUAGAAAGAACCAAACCCUAUCGAGUUGUUUACGAUACCUAUGACAUGAGUUGUUGCAUCAGGUUCUGCUACAUGUACUGCUCAUAUUGUCACUUGACAGGGCACUUAUACGGUGAAUGCCCUGAAAUUGAGCACGACGAUUAG